AUGUCCCCUUGUCCACAGAUGUCGGCCUGUCUAUUUGGUUGUGCAGGCCAGGAUUUUUGGGAAAGUUUUUGGUGUGUGCGCAGGAAGAUUAUGGCCGGGGCAGAAAAUGCCCGCCUAGCCGUACUGCGGCAUGGCAUUCGGCUGAGCUAUCGGCACUCAAUCAGCACAAGCCAUUUUGUUUUAUUUGCUAGUACGAACAAACAGACUGCCUCCCCUCCGUCCGGUACCAUUCACAUUGCCCGAGUCUGCGUGUACACUCGCCACGUGUCCUUAUCCAAACGCCCGAGUCGGGAGGCACACAUUUGUGGGGUUCAUCCAAAGCAGAAUGAUAUGUUAGCAACCAACUGCCCGCUUAUAGGUGGUACCUUUCUACAGAUGCAGGGGCCUUAUAUGCCCCGAGCAUUUAUGCAGCUCGCAGACUCACCGCUGGCAACUGCCUGGCGGAUUUAUCUUAUCUAA